UACCCAAUGCUGAUCUGUCAAAUCUCAGAAGUUUCGACUUUCGUUUACAGUUCUGUAUAGUUUAUUAACAAUUUUUCAAAGUUUGUAAAUAAUUUUUACAAAAUAUUUCAAUAAAACUCUUUCUCACUGUGUUUUUAAGUUAACGAUAAAAUAAUAUUUAUGAAGCAGCUGUAAUUAUCAUCAAGAAGUCAUGGAUUUUCAAAAUCGACCCGGUGGAAAAACCGGAGGAGGCGGCGUUGCCUCAUGGUCGGAAAGUAAUCGCGAUCGAAGAGAACGACUCCGGCAACUUGCCCUCGAAACAAUUGAUCUCAAUAAAGAUCCCUAUUUUAUGAAAAAUCAUCUUGGCUCCUAUGAAUGUAAAUUGUGUCUCACUUUACACAAUAAUGAAGGCAGUUAUCUUGCUCACACUCAGGGUAAAAAGCAUCAAGCCAAUUUAGCAAGACGUGCUGCAAAAGAAGCCAAAGAAGCACCACAAACAUUAGCGCCGGAGAAACCUCGUGUGGAGCCAAAAAAAUUUGUCAAAAUUGGAAGACCCGGUUAUCGUGUAACUAAACAACGUGAUCCCGAAUCUGGACAACAAAGUCUUUUAUUUCAAGUUGAUUAUCCCGAAGUUGCCGACAAUAUUUGUCCUCGACAUCGUUUUAUGUCGGCCUACGAACAAAGAGUAGAGCCACCUGAUCGUAAAUGGCAAUAUUUAUUAUUCGCUGCCGAACCUUAUGAGACAAUUGCUUUCAAGGUACCAAGUAGAGAAGUUGAAAAAGCAGAGGGCAAAUUUUGGACACAUUGGAAUAAAGAUACGAAACAAUUUUUCCUACAGUUUGCCUUUAAAAAUGAAAAGCCACAAGUUGGAAAAGUACCACCGCCGCCGGUUCCUUUAAUUCGACCAGGAUUGGGACCACAAAUGAUGCCUGUUCCACCACCUCCGAGACCGCCAAUGUUUAAUCCUGUACCUCCACCUCCUUCAGUUUUAGCUGGAGGAAUGGCGAUUCCACCACCACCACCUCAUUUAGUUUAAAUCUCUUUCUUUUUUUUUUGUUUGUUUUAUUCAAUUGUUUGCAAUAACAAUGGCAAUGAAUUGUAUAAAACUAAAUGUGACUUAAAAAAUAUUGUCAAUUGACUGUUUUCCUUACAUUUUAAUAAAGAAUCGAAACAAAAAUUGAA